CACAAAGACGAUCAUUGAUGACACAGAGCAGCAGCACUGCAAAACCUCGUGGAGAGCUACGUCUCCAUCUCAAACAGCAGAGUCUGAAAAGACAGAACUCAUAUCUGAACCACCGGGACACAGAGGUAAUAACUUCACAUCUUUACCAUGAAGUUACCUUUUGCUCUGGUGUUUGCACUUAUCCUCCCCAUCAUCAGGGCUCAAGUUCCCCACUGGGGCCCAUGUCCAGAGCCUGCUGUUCAACCUGCCUUCAACCUUAAACAGUUCAUGGGGAGAUGGUUUGAAAUUGCCAAACUGCCAGCCCAGUUUGAAAGAGGCCGCUGCAUUGAAACCAAUUUCACUUUGACGACGAGCAACUCCAUUCGAGUGGUCAGCUCUGAAAUACUAAAAGGAGAGCUGAAGAAAAUUGAAGGGAUCGGGGUCGUAGAGGACAUAAAGAAUCCAGCCAAGCUGGGAAUAAGUUAUUCCUAUGUCCUUCCCUACUCCCCUUACUGGAUUCUGUCUACUGACUACGUGAACUCGGCCCUGGUGUAUUCAUGCACUGACAUCCUCAGGCUCUUCCACGUUGACUUCGCCUGGAUCCUGGGGCGAACACGAACCCUGCCAGAGUCCACCAUCGAGAAAGCCAAGGAGAUCUUCGCAAAUAACAACAUUGACAUGAGCAGGAUGAUUCCCAGCAGGCAGAUGGGCUGUGAAAAAACCCUCUGAGCGGCAAUGAAAAUGAAACACAACAAAAUGUUCUUGACACAAGGGGGAAAUGAUUGGAGCGUUUGUUCCCCUUGAUAAAUCUAUGACUAAUAAUUUACAGUGAUUAUGUCCAACAGGAUAAACUCAACUGAGUUUCUCUCUUUGUGAGAGUUUUUCAAUAAACGUCUAGACAAACUGCACAUUACAAUAUGUAACUUGGUGUGAAGAUGUUUUAAGUACUGCAGUGUAAGUUAAACUGAAGUCAUAGUUUUGUACCUUUUAACUUGACACAACACUGACUAUGAUAGUACAAGCUGAGAGGAAUACUUUCUCUGAAAAGAAAAAUGUUUAAUUUGCUGUGAAGAGAUGAUUCUGAGUAAACUGAAGACCAACUCAAAACCUGAAGGAUCUAAUUAGUGUCGAUAAAAGUCAGUGAAACUCG